CCCCGACGCCGGCUGAUGACGCCUUUGGGCGGCGCCGGCAGCCGCGGCGGCUCCUGAGGGAAGGAGGCGGCGGCGGCGCUGGGAGGCGAGGCGUGAGAGAGAGGCCUCUGCCGCGUCCCGCGCCUCUCUCCCCGCUGCGGGACAAGCCGCGUCGGCACCAUGAAGGAAAUGUUUCAAGACGAGAAGUAUUGGGGGGGCCCGUCCCCCAGCCUCCGCGACCCCACGGGGCACCGGGACAAGCUGUGCCGCCCCUCCCAGGAGUGGGGUGAGCCGGAGCGCAAGCACGGCGGCUGCUUCGAGGGGAACCGGCGCCUGGCCUACGCGAAGAAGCAGCCCCUGGGCUUCAGCCCCUCGUCCUCCGCCAGCGAGGAGGAAGAAGGGAGGUGGGACCUCCCCUGCAUGUCUGGCUGGGAGGUGGCCGGCGUGGGCCCCUCCCACCCGGCCCAGAGCAAAGCCGGCAGGGCGAAGGUCCCCCGGAGCGGGGGCCGGGCCUGGCCCUUCGACGUGGCCGCGGGGUCCGGCUCCCGGAGGCGCCCGCAGCUCCUGGGGGCGCCGAGGUCGCGCUGCUUCCGCCGCCAGCGCCGGCGUGCCCUGCGGGCCUUCCGCAUGCUCCUCUACGCCAAGAGCUCCUCCCUGGCUUUCCAUUGGAAGCUGUGGGGCAAGAUGGCCUCCCGGGGGCGCCGGCGGGGAGGGGGAGCAGUGGGGGCGAAGCGGGCCCGGUCGUCCCUGUCCCUCUCGCCCGGCUCCCAGCCCGACGACGACCACCUCCCGCUCUACAAGAAGAGCUGUCCCUUGCGGGGGGAGGACUGCCGGGGCGGGGCCAAGCGCAGGCCCCGCCCCGCCCGCUUCAAGCCCCGCCCUCCCGAGCCCCACCUGGACUACGACUUGGACGGGGAUUUCCCUGCCUCGUCCUCUCCUCCGGCCUCUUCUCGCCUCAGCCUGCUGGGGGCCCUGAUGGACGACGCCUCGCCCUACCCUCAGUACGUGGAGCUGCAGAGGGUCAGCUUCGACAAAGACCCCGGAGCCGCCGAGCUGGAGGAGGAAGCCGCCGGCCUGCUCAAGUACCCUGGCGGAGGAGCCCACGCCUCCCCCAGGACUAGAAAGGGCGGAGAGGCGGAGCACAGCCUGGAUGGAGACGGAGGCCCCAUGGACGCCCUCCCCAACGGCUUCGCCUCCCUCACUCCCGACUGCGACCUCUGCUCCCUCCCCGGAGUCACAGAUGCCACCAUCCUCAUCAGCAACGUCUGUAGCAUCGGGGGCCACGCGGCCGAAGAGCUUUUCCAGGGGCCCCGGGACAAAGACAGGCCUCUGGAUCCUUCUGGGAUGAGGCUCGAAGGCGACCUGGCCGCCGAAGGCAGCCAAGAGCGGCCCGGUGAAAAGGCCCCCCAGCACAGCCCCCUGAGAGAAGAACACAUCACAUGUGUACACAACAUCCUAGACGAGUUCCUGCAGACGUACGGCAGCCUCAUCCCCAUCAGCGUGGACGAAGUCGUGGAAAAGCUAGAGGACAUCUUCCAGCAGGAGUUCUCUACGCCCCAGAGGAAAGGCAUGGUCAACCAGCUGAUCCAGUCCUACCAGCGCUUGCCGGGCAAUGCCAUGGUUCGGACCUUCCGGGUCACUUAUAAGCGCCACGUGGUCACCAUGGACGACCUGCAGACCCUCUACGGGCCCAACUGGCUCAACGACCAGGUAAUGAACAUGUAUGGGGACCUCGUGAUGGACACAGUGCCAGACAAGGUUCAUUUCUUCAACAGUUUUUUCUACGAUAAGCUACGAACCAAGGGGUAUGAGGGAGUCAAGCGCUGGACCAAAAACGUGGACAUCUUCAACAAGGAGCUCCUCCUCAUUCCAAUCCACCUGGAGGUCCACUGGUCUCUGAUCUGCGUGGAAGUGAAGCAGAAGAAAAUCACGUACCUGGACUCCCAGCGCACCCUCAACCGGCGGUGCCCCAAGCACAUCUGCAGAUACCUGCAGGCCGAAGCAGACAAGAAGAACCGUCCGGACUUCAGAGACGGGUGGAAAGGGGUUUUUCAGAUGAACAUCGCCAGGCAGAACAACGACAGCGACUGCGGCGCUUUCGUCUUGCAGUAUUCCAAAUUCCUGGCGCUGGGCCUCCCCUUCUCCUUCACCCAGCAGGACAUGCCGAAACUGCGCCGUCAGAUGUACAAGGAGUUGUGCCACUGCAAGCUCACCGCGUGACGAGCUCACACACGCAGAACACACAAACACACACUCAUACACACACAACACACACACACCCUCCCAAAGACCGACUUGGACGGCCGGACACACGACUCCUCCUGCUCCAGCUUCACAGCAGACAUCCGAUUUGGGGUGUGCGGAAGGCGGGCAGGGGGGGUCCUUAGGUCACUGGAACUCGUCGAGGUUGAACAAGCGGACUCGUUUGGGGGGCGGGGGGUGUCGUUUUUAACCCGAGUUAAAUCCCCCUCCCCUUUCUUCUUUUUCUUCUUCUUCAUCUUCCUGGUCUCUCGUUUUUGUUUCGUUCGUAUUUAAAACCGACCUCCGGAGGGCCCUUUCUCCGGAGGUUGGUUCUGUUGGGGAAGUUGCGGGGAUUUUUUGGGUGGGGUGGGGAGACACACAACGGAUGGGUGGGGUUGAGGGCGAGCGGGUGGGAUUGGGGAAGUUUCUUAUAACCGAACAUGCCCUCUGCACAUGUUCCGCUCCGGAUCGGAGGGAGGACUGGGGGGGGGAUAGAGUCCAAAAACGAGGGACCAGGAAGGCGGGCACGGGGGGGGCGGCGGCAUAAAUUACCCUCCUGCCCCCCCAGCUUCUCCCUCUUCUUUAUCUCGCCCUGUUGGUUACUUGUGUUAGUGGAUAAUGUAUGUUCUGGUUUUUAUCCCCCCCCCCCUCAAGGGAGAGGGAGUUGGAACAGGGGAAGAAGGGGCUCUGGUGGGCGGGGGGGCAGGUUUCUACACUGGGGCCGAGAUAACGGAAACAAGCAUUUUUUUAUACGAUGGCUACCAUUGUGGGUAAUAAAAGAAAAAGCAUUCUUUGGAGAAAAA